AUGACUUCUAGAAUCGUAAGGACUCCGCUGGGUCGGUUGCGUUUAGCUGAAAUUGAAGAUGCUCAGUUUAUUAUGUCGCUGGUAAACGAGUCUGUAUCGAAAAAUUUUCGAGUGUUUGAAGUUUCGGACGUAAUCUAUCUCAUCGAGAACUGUAUACUUUCUAUUUGUCAGUUAGAUACAAAUGAUACAAUAGUUGGAUUUUUAUCACUUAAAGAUUAUCCGCUUGUGCCUGCAGUUUCGCCAGCCGCUUGGGAAGAUUUUGUGUGGACGAAGUUUAAAGCUAUAGAACUAAAUGCAAGGAAUUCUCUCUUUAUCCAUAUGCUAUGCUGGAAUCCAAUUUAUGCUCGUGACGUUGUGGACAGCCUUUUAAAGUCUGUAUUUAUGCAUGAUCCUUACUUGCAGUACAUCGGUGUCAUGAAAUCUUUGGUUAAACAUCAAUUGUUGGUACCUGGACAGUCACGUUCUGAGUCUUCGUUCAAACACUGCCAGGCGCUAGAGCGAGGUGUUCCUGGUGAUCAGCUACCUUCUCUUUGGAUCGCUGAACGCAAAGAAGUCUGUCCCAGACUCAGAAUACGAAGAGCCGUGGAAGAAGAUAAUGAUGAUAUAGUUCCUAUAAUCGAACGGCACUCGCCAAGACUGAAGGAGCUUUACGGGGAAUUCUAUAUUAGCGAACUUAUAUCAAGACACCCUGAAUCGGAACGAGUGUUGCUAGUUUGUGAGCACAAAGAACUGGCUGUAGGUGUGAUGUGUCUUAACACUCAGAUUAAUUACGAGGCUUUGGAGGAAAGCUUUGAACUUUCACCUUUCGCUGGUCUGAGACACCUUGACAGACCGCCUCAACCUCGAGAACAUGACUCUGCUACAAGUUUAUAUGCCACAGGGACGGUAAAUAACUUCCAGGACUUGCACGUAUCUGAAUCGAAUCCAGAUAUUCCAUCGACGAAGGACCAAAAAUCAAGAGUCACCUGGAUAUUUGAAGAAGAUGCUUUUAAAUACAUUAACAAAGACAUAGACACCCGUCCGAAGUGUCCAUUAACGACCAGCUCUCAACUGGACAUCCUCAACUUACUUGAAGAUGAUGAAGACGAGUUUGAAUACGACAUCGUCAAUAUUGACACUGAUUUACUACGACUGCCGCGACUGUUUACCAAUGAAGGAUUAAUGUACAGGCGGAAGUUUUCAGACGACAGCAAAUUGUAUCGCGUCGAGUCGGCGUACGACAAUAAGUAUAUAGAUCAGGAAAAACCAAAGAAACUUUCGACAGUUAAUAGCAUAUUCACGCCUACAAAGCCUCCGGAACCAACACGUUACUCUGGCAAACCGAAUGCCUUUCUCCUGGAAUUAUUCGCUAUGCAUCCUGAUUAUGACGAAAGAUAUGGUUUUGAUAUGCUGGAAGUAGCUUAUGAGUUAUUCCCGGACAGAGCUUAUUGCGUCAUGUGUUUGCCCUCAAGCCAUACUUGUUUUCCUCUCCUUGAGCAUUUUACGCUGGUAACACCAUUUAGCUUUCGUAUGCGAUUUAUGAACCAAACUUUGUACGUGGCACAUAUAAAUUCUGUUCGGGGUGACGUGAGAGUACGUCCAGCAGAGGCGUAUGAUUAUCCCAGCUUAAAUAGGAUUCUUGAACACGCACCAAGGAAGCAAGAUCUUCUGGAGUUGUUUGAGAACAGUUUGACAUCAGGCUCGCUGUCAUCUCACGUGUUGCUGAGUCAAAAUCAACCCAUUGGCUUGGCUGUACUAGGGUUUGUUCCACUAGAAGAUGCGACCUCUGUCAGAACUCAAUACGAUUUAGACCCAGAAGCAACUAGAUGUGGUACUGAUGCGUCUAUUCUAGCUUGCGUUAUGUCGCCAAUAAUGGAACCUCAUGGCAGAUGGUAUUUACGCGAUUUAUUGAGACAGACGCAAUAUUCAAGUUUGUUUUGGGUCUGUCGUCUCUUUGCAAAGGGAGAUGCGAGUCCAUGGCGUAAUUUAAUGUCGUUGGCGAGUUUCAUGAUUCCGGUUCGUCCGAGACGUUUCCUUCCUAAUAUUGGUGGUAUUAAAGAUUUGGAUAAAGUUGUUAAAUAUAUAGCGACUCCAUUUGCUUUAUGGUCUAUUAAACGUUCCCUCACCAGUAUGUCGAAGGUUUAUGUCAAUAACAGUAUUGUUAUAGUAGGCGCUAGUCGAACUGGUCUAGCGUUCCUGGAAACAUUGCUUAUCGGCCCAACCUCCCCAUAUCUAACAUUCACUCACAUAACAUUGGUUUCUCACCACGGCCUGCCGACUGUAGCCGACAGUGCACACGCUGCGGAAAUAUGCGUGCCUAAAGAAGGAAGAUACACCGAUAGAUAUCUUAAGAGUGUACCGUUUUAUUACUACGUUGAUGUCAUGUCAGCUAUCAUGAUAGAAAUAGACAGGAAGAAAAAAUGCAUACACUUUAAAGGAGGUGGCGUUAAGUUUUACGACGAACUGGUGUUGACUUGCGGUCAGCAGUUCCAACAUCCUGAAUAUUUGAAAGACUCGAUCACAUUGGCUCAGGAAGUUGAACAAGGCAAGCCAUGCAAUAGGAUUCUUAUGGACAAUCCAAAAUACGAGCCGGAUCACGUACCGCCUUUACCUGAUAUUCCUAACAAUGUAAUGCUUAUCAAUUCAUUGUUCGAGGCCAACACUUGUUUGAGAAACUUAAAAAGAUUGAUCUCUGAAACUAAAAAUACAAGCCAGUCUUUGAGUACGGAGAAUCAAGUGGUUGUUUACGGCGACUGUAUAGAAGCAUACAGUUGUAUCUCAGCGUUAAUCGAGUUCGGAAUUUCGCCAAAAAUGAUAACAUUUGUUGAGCCGUUCCCGCCACUGGACAGGACUUCGUUACGGGUCAACUGUUUCAAUGACGAAACUGUGGAUGAAAGAGUACAGGCUAGUAUAGAGCACCUGGGUAUUCGUACAUACCGCCAAUGUCAUUACGACGGCUGGUCCCAACGAGGCCCGCGCGUUGAGUUUCUACGACUAAUGUCGCCAUUACAUGCUAUACAUCUACCAUGCUUCGCACUAUUCUAUUACGGAAUUAAAGCCAUCGAUUUGAACGCAUUCAAAGCUAUAAAUGAAAGCGGUCUUGUAUAUGACGGUGGUUUAGUAGUUGGGCCCAAGUUUGACACAAACGAUCCUUGCGUUUGGGCCGCCGGGCCUUGCGUGAGGUAUUCAAGGAGAUUGUACGCGCCCAGGGAACUACAUAAAUAUUACUGCUCUGAAGAUGUAGGGGAAGAGCUAGCAAGACAAUUUUUGAAGAAACUAAAUCCAUUCGAAGUUGCCAAAUUACAUAUGGAAAGUAUGUCUUCUGAAACAAUACACGCGCCGAGUUCUAGUUUGUUCAGAUUUCAGAGUUCUCAUGCAAGCAUCUGUAGUAGAACAUCUUUCUGCAGCGCUAAGACAAAGUGGCAGCCAGUAAUGAAAUUCGACUCCCCGAUAGUGGUGUCAGCUACAUUACCAGGUGACCUGCAUUAUAUGAAGCUGAGGAAACCAGGAGAAGAUGUACCGAGGGCCGUACAACUUACACUGCCUUCACAGGGCCAUACGCUAACAACGGACAAGCGAAACAAUUAUUUCAGGCUUCAAAUGAACUCAUUACACUGCAUUGAGUCCAUCACUUGUCUGUCAAAGAAGCAGUUCAGUUGUGAGACACUCGCACAACUUUAUGGUAGACACGAGGCCUUCUUUAAUAAUUUACUUACCAGGUUUAAGAUGAACUUAAUUGAUGAUCUGUACGCAUAUUUCUCUAAGACAUGGACAGCGGCUUUAUAUCAGGAACCGUUUGUUAACUUGUUGCAAGAUAUUUACGAUCACGGUGGUGACACGGUCUAUGACGUUGUAAAGACGAAGUACAAUGAACUAAACGACAAAGAUUUCACUGAACCAAUUAGGGAUAAUACUUACGAAGACUUGAUAAUGGCGAUGGACUGUAAGGAUUGCGGUCACAAUAAAACCUUACGUCAGGAAACCAGAAUCUUCUGGAACUCAAUCGGUGGUGAAGACAUCGUAAACACUCACCUCGCAAGAUAUCUCCACAAGAAUAUGAUCACGAAUCCACAUUACGCUAUGCCUGACCCUGAGUAUCUUAAAUAA